AUGGAGUCCGCUCCUGCCGGUGGGGGUCUAUUCCGAACUGAUGGCGGGCUCAAGGUCUCCUCUGGGCUCGACAUUGACGCUGAGGUUCAAGAAGCUUGGUCAAAAGUUCGAAGUGGCGAAGCCACAUGGCUCCUUAUGGGCUAUGAAGGAAAGAGCAGGCUGAAAACCCUGGCUUCAGGGACCGGCUGUGCUGGGCUUCUCUCAAACAUCGCAGAUGACCAGGUGGUUUUUGGAGGCCUUCAGACCAAGGCUGGCAAGUUCCUAUGCCUCAUGUGUACGGGUGCGGACGUCGGUGGCAUGGCUAAAGGCCGUGCAGCUGCGCACAAGAAUGCGGCUUUCAACGCUCUGGAAGGUACAAUCGGUGAGGUUUGCGCAUUGUCGAAAGACGAGUUUAGUGAACAGUUGGAGAAGAUAGAUUUCUGA